AUGGAUGAAUCGCCCGUUGGUACGCCGUUUUACGCCGCAUUUGGCGAAUUUAAGGACGGUUACAACCGUGAGGAGGCGGAGGCCGGCAUCCACGAGGCAUUUCGCUUGCGACAGCGAGCGCGGCAGAAGACUUAUGUGAAAGAGUUGAUGCUCGGCAGUGGUCUUGGGAAGGCAGCGAAAAGAACUGUACAGAGUGGUUUGUACCAACCGCAGACAGCGCUGUAUUUGCCCACCAACGUCGUAUCAGCUGCAGCGGCGGUUGUAGAAUCGGGGGAUGUAUCGGAAGAAUGUGAGGAAAUUGGUGACGCGGACGAGGAUCCAAUUGGAAAAGUUUUGAUGCCACCUGGUUUGGCACUCCUGAGCAAUUCUCCUUCAAGCGUUAUGAAUAAAUUUACAAGGACUGAGGUGGAGGUGCAGACGCUAGUGGAGGUUGAGCGUCAGCUAGAAGAGAACAUAAAAGUUGCAGAGGAGAGUGUUGCUCGUGAAUGUGCUUCUUUUACUUUCGAGAAUCUACUGGAAUCCCUCUCUGUGGCUCUCGCUGUGGUGGAAGAGGGUGACGCACAGAUUCAAGUGAAGCUUCCCGUUCAAGAAGAGGAUGCGGUGCCUCUUCACGGGGCAGAGGCUGUCAUGGCGUAUUUUAGGGAACAUAUGGCUCCAAUCACCCUGACGCUACUGGCCACCUUGUAUGCAACGGAGUGGAUGCUACAAUACACCAUGACAUUUAUAAAUUCCAUGUUUAUAGAAAAUGAAAAAGAGGCGCAACUUCGCGAAGAGCUUCUCGCGCGUUGUGUGCGGUGGUUGGGGAAGAUUAAUCGCUUUGUUGCUUUUGCCUUUGCGCUGGAAAUGGCAUCCGAGUCAUACGAGGCGUUUGAAGAAAUGCAGAGCUUGGCGGAGCAGCACACGGAAGAACUUUUGAAUGGCAUUGAAGGAGACAUUAAUUCCGCACUUUUAUUAUCCUUUCCCAAACGACGCCAAGGACUGUUGGGUCGAGAUGGGAGGAUAAAAAAGCGCCUUCAGCAACUUUUACAGCUUCUUCAUGAUGUUGAAACCUCGUGGCUCCCAACUGUGAAGCUGCAGAGGGAUUGGAAAGAUGAAUUUCUUACGCGGAUGUAUAGUCGCAUUCAUACGGUUAUUGCCCCUGGAUAUCUCUCUGCCCAAUUAGGAUUUAUUGACGAAUCCCUUUACGAAUUCGUAGCGGAUGGCACCGUGUUGCAGAAACAAAACGCAAUGAGUGCCACUCGAGGCAGCAACGGUCAGCGCACCUCUUUUAGGCAAUCCUUGCCGAGGAUUUUGGUUGCGACUCAAGUGGAACGGCGAAUUGUGGAUGAAAAGCUGACAUUUCAACAAAUUGGGAUGCUGGUCAGGGGUUCGGCUAGUCGUGUCAUAGGCCUGCAGUUGUGCAUGGGGACGCGGUUUAUAUUGCGGCAGUGCGACACCGAAUACGACGCACAGUGGGGAUUUUCGAUGAGCCACUCUCAGGACUCACCCAACGCCGUCCGCGAUGCGGUGGAAAGUGCCUUAUGCUUCAUGGAAUCAUUGAAGAUGCAGUUGAAGGAACAAAUGGAAUACCAGAUGGGAAUGCUGCGGCACUUUUUAAUAUAA